AUGUCUAACUGGGAUAGCAACCCGAUUGUGGCGUUGGAACGUUUGAAGAAGACUAUUUCAAAUAGUUUUACUACUGCACGUGCCGCUAGCGCUCCCCCGAAGGAAAAUAAGUUUUUAAUGGAGAAAGCUGCUCUCUCACCCAAACCGACUGCUGGCUCCAUAUCGAGCGCGAUUCGAUCGAAGGGCUCGAACAGCAGUGGUUCGCCGAAGUAUGAAGUUGGUCCCGAUGAUUAUAAGAAGGGGAGAUGCAGUCCCAAGUCCAACAACAGUCAGAGUGCUUUGUCGUCUACAGGUACAGAAACACCAAGCGGUUACGGGAAACCACUUGUCACGCCAUUGAAUAAAAGGCUCACAAUCAGAAGAGAAACCCGUGAUAAACCCAAAGGUGCAGAAACAAAUCCAGUAAUGAACACAAUAAAUCGGUCCAGAUCACCCCUUAAAUCCUGGAAAGCGGAAAACAGACAGCCUCCUCCUAUAUCUCCAACAAACCGGCGGCCUGUGAGCAACAGUAAAUUACGUGAGUCAUUUUGUUUCUGGAUCUAG